UCCACCUUCUUUUUUCUUUUUUUUUUUUCCUCGUCACAAAACUUUUUCCCUCCAAUUCCCAAAUCCCCAACGGCCACUUUGCAAAAUCGAUGGCAUCGCGCUUCCAGGCCGCCACUCUCGUGGCCGCUCCGUCGCACCCCAACGCCGUCGCCUGGUCCGACGAGAACCUCAUAGCCGUCGCCUCCGGCCACCUCGUCACCAUACUUAAUCCGGCGUCGCCUCUCGGACCGCGAGGCCUCAUCACUCUCCAAACUGGUGAGCCUUUUCCGAUCGGCGUUGUGGAAAGAGCAGAUUUACUGUCGGCCAGUUUGCUCCCGACCUGUUUGUCUCGGGACACUCGGCCCUGUGUUCGAUCAAUUUCGUGGUCCCCACUUGGACUCGCUCCAAACUCAGGGUGUUUACUGGCUGUUUGCACAACGGAAGGGCGCGUGAAGCUUUAUCGUCAACCAUUUUGCGAUUUCUGUGCCGAAUGGAUUGAGAUGAUGGACAUAUCAACUAGGCUUUUUGAAUAUCUUGAAAGUGUCAGUUUUGGUGAGUUGGAAGUUUGCCCCUCCAAAGAUUAUGAACAUGAUGAGCAAGAAACAGAGAAUAGAUGUACCGACGAUGUCUCUGAUUUUGUCCCUAGAAAGGAACGUAAGAGAAGAAAAACGGAUGUGCUUGAGACUGAUAUUGGCCAAGUGAAAAGAAACAGCUCAAAGCAGAUUGUUUCUGCCUCUAAAUCCAAGGCAAGUGCUCCCAAGAAGACACCAAAAAAUUGCACACUCCCGCUUAUAAGUGCAGAUAGAUAUGCAGCUCAUAGUGCGAUGCUUUCGUCACUUGUAAUUGCCUGGUCACCAGUGCUACAGUUGUCAGCUCAAGCUUCUUCUAUUCCUCAGAAUGGUUCAUCCAUAUCUUUACUCGCUGUUGGUGGGAAGUCUGGUGAAGUCUCAUUCUGGAGAGUUUCUGUACCAGAAUGCUAUUCUGUUGAGCUCAAUCAAGCUCCAACAGAUGCGAUGAUUUUGGGGCUCGUGCAGGCACAUGCUUCAUGGGUUACAGCAAUUAGUUGGGUGUUGCUUGAUCCCAAGUCUUCCAAUCCUCGGGUUUUGUUGACAACAGGGAGUUCUGAUGGGAGUGUCAAGAUCUGGCUGGCUUAUAAUGAGGAACUGCUGAAGUCAAAAGAAGUUAACCACACUUGCUUUUCCUUGUUGAAGGAGGUUGUAACUAUUGAUAUUGUCCCAGUUUCAGUAAUUUCACUUACUGCCCCCGCUCAAUCCCCAAACAAAAUGCUCUUAGCAAUUGGCAAAGGAUCUGGAUCUUUUGAAGUGUGGAAUUGUGACAUAUCUGAUCGCAAAUUUGAUAAAUUUGGCUCAUACAAUGACCAUGACCAUGUUAUUACGGGUUUAGCUUGGGCUUUCGAUGGACGUUCUUUGUACAGCUGCAGCCAGGAUAAUUUUGUUCGGAAUUGGAUUUGGAGUGAGGAUAUGCUCUCUGAAGCACCAAUUCCUUCAAAUACUCCUCGUCUGAGAAGCUCAGCUGAACUUCCAGAUGCAUGUGCGUCAUGCUUUGGUCUUGCAGUCUCUCCUGGAAAUGUUGUGAUUGCUAUGAUUCGCAACUUUGAUGAAGAUUUAUUGGAUCCAAUGUACCAGAAAAGGACUCAAAAGGCUGCUGUUGAGUUCUUCUGGAUAGGUGCACAAGAAGUACGCAUUUCAUCAAAUGAGGAGUCAAAUUUUACAAUUCCUGGUUUUCCCGUAAAUGAAUUGGUUUCUUGGGAAGCCAAUAUAUUGUGGUCUCUGAAACAGUAUGAAUAUCAGACCAAGCCCAUGGUUGUCUGGGAUAUUAUAGCAGCCUUAUUGGCUUUCAAGCGGUUUGCAGCGGAGUACGUAGAACAUAUACUGGUCAAGUGGCUUUCACUUUCAUAUGUUGGAUCUCAUAUGGACCUUUCUGCGAAAAAGGUUUUAUCUCAUGUUUUGAGGAUUCUCUCAAAAAUUUCCUCUCGCCACCUACACCUCCUGAAUAUUAUCUGUAGACGGGUAGUCCUAUCAGAGAUGAAAGCUGAUCAAAUCAACAGCAAGUUGCAGAACUUGGAAGAAAUAGAUCGCUCAGAAGAGAAACUGAUUAUGUGGAUUGAGCUACUCUUGAGCAGUGAAAGAGAACUCCGCACGAGGCUUGUGGGUUUGAGUUUUUCUGCUGGCACUAAUCUCAUGUCCUGUUCAACAACAGUUUCCCCUCGAUCUGGAAAUUGGUUUCCAGUUGGAUUAGCACAAAUGAAGCAAUGGGUCGCACUUCCUCAUGAUUAUAUACCCGGUCAGUUACGAGUCCUAGCAUCUGAGGUUUGGAAGCAUGAGAAGAGGCUAUCAAGCGAAUGUGCAGCGACAGAGCAGUGUUGCUAUUGUUCAGCACCAGUUCCGUUUGAAUCUCCAGAAGUAGCCUUUUGCCAAGGUGUUGAUCAGCGCCACAAACUAGCUCGAUGCGCUGUUUCUAUGGAGAUCUGCCCUACUACUCCCAUAUGGUUUUGCUCGUGUUGUCACAGACAGGUUUACAGACUAGCACCCGAGACUCUUUUCACAUUGCUUGGAUAUCCUUCAGACUUCAAGUCUUCAGCCGAAUCAUCUGACUCGAAUGUAUCUUCGAAGCCCCUGUGUCCGUUUUGUGGGAUACUGCUGCAAAGACUGCAGCCCGAUUUUCUGCUCUCUGCAUCUCCUGUGUAAGCUAAAUGCCUUCCCUAUCUUUCUUUCAAGUGAUUCUCAAACUGGUCCAAAGCCUGUAACCUUGGAAAAGGAAUGAGCAUGAAUGACAUUAGUUGAUGCCGGACUACCAACCGUGCUCAGAUAUCUUCCAUCCCCUGGCGCAAGAAAAGGGAUAAGAAAGAUAUCAUCCUAUAUUUGGGGGUUAAAUAAUGGAUUCAUCAAUAGCUUGAUGGCAGAUGAGCAAAAAUAGAAACAAGAGUGUCUGGUCCCCAAAAAAAAAAAAA